CCAGUCGCCCUGAGCCUUAUUGCGCCGAAACCCUAGCCUCCGCUAUAUAAAGUCCCUCCAGCUCCGCUGCCCGAGCUCCUAGCACGCGCGCCGCCAUCUCCCCGUCCUCGCCGCAGCAGACGCCUCCUGCUCGCCGACGCCAAGAUGGUGAACGUUCCGAAGACCAGGAAGACCUACUGCAAGAACAAGGAGUGUGGGAAGCACACCCUUCACAAGGUCACUCAGUACAAGAAGGGUAAGGACAGCCUGUCUGCCCAGGGAAAGCGUCGCUAUGACAGGAAGCAGUCAGGAUAUGGUGGUCAGACCAAGCCUGUUUUCCACAAGAAGGCAAAAACCACCAAGAAGAUUGUGCUGAAGCUGCAGUGCCAGAGCUGCAAGCACUACUCCCAGCGUGCCAUCAAGAGGUGCAAGCACUUUGAGAUCGGUGGAGACAAGAAGGGCAAGGGAACAUCUCUCUUCUAAAUUGGUUUCACCUAUCUGGAGUUGUGGUGGUCGACAAUAUGUCUUACUAUUUCGAUGUUAGGAGUUGAAUUGAAACAGACCUUGUCAUGUAUGCAAACUCCAGUGUUCUGUUUUAAGCAAGGCCGACUUUUUGCUAAAUGAAGUUUUGUAGCUUGAAUCCUCUUUCAAUCUGCAUAAUGACCAGUUAUAAUCUGAA